AUGAACGACCUUCGAAUGCAUAAGUUAUAACAAUUCUUCUCUAAAUCGAACAUCUAUCAAAAUAAUUCGAUACAACAUAUAGAACGAUAGAAAUUGACUAUCUCCAAUGAUGUAGAACUUAAAGAUUAAUCCCAAAUUGAAGAUAAGAUGAUUCCUGUUGUUCGUCCAUAUUAAACUGACUUUGAUAAAGAUAUGUAUCUUAUGGCGAAACCACUGAUACAACCAUUAAUUUAAUUGAAUAUUGUUAGUAAACCUGAAAUCAAUAAUGUCAAUCUUUCACACUAAUUGCACAACUAGUUAGACAAAGCAAUCAAAAGAUCUGAGAACUUUUUAACUCUUAAAAAACAACCUAAUCACUUUCUUAAUCAAUUGAGAUAAUAAAACAAACAAAAUCAAUUAACAGAAAAGAAAUAGCAAAAUUCAGCUCCUAAAAAAGAAAUCAAACAGAUUGACUCAAAUGACUAUGAUUUCAAAUCAAUCAAUAAAAGGCCAAUUCCUGAUUAAACUACCGGAAUUAAACUGCCUAAAUCCAUCAAAGACAUCUAUUAAAUUGGACAAACUGCUGAUGAUCUAUAAGCAAAUGAUGAAUCCUUUCUCCUUAAGGAAGAACCAAACUCACAGCAAGUUGUAGCUAAAAUUGACUUUGAUUGUCUCUUGAAUAUAGCUGCUGGUUAAGUUGAUGAGCAUACGAUGGCUGAAUUAGUUAAAAAUGUUAUUAUCGCUAAAAAGAAGGAACUUAAUAAUCCACUAUUAAAUAGUUCCAUAGAAUAAUGUGAUGUAUCAGUGGAAGCUUACCCUCUUAAGCAAGAUUAAUAUGUUUAGAUGUCAUCCAAAGCUUUACCAAAUGUACAAACUGUUUUAAAUGGGAUUCGUCUAGCCAAAAAUCAAUACUAUUAAAGUUAGGAAAAAUAAGAAUGCAAAACCAUCAUACGCUCGCAUUUAGAAGAACUUAUGCAAAUAUUGAUGUAAGGAUAUCCAGAACAAUCAGGAAUGAGUUAAUCACUUGACUUCUUACUUUCACUCAAUAAAUAGGAACUAGCUCUUCCAUACGAAGGAAUGAGCAAAUUGGAGUUACUCUACAUUUUUGUUAAUGAGUACAAAGCUCUUUAGAUGCUAGAAUAAACAUAACCAUCAACAAAUCAAUUCAAUUAGACCAUAAGUAGACGAUAUCUGAAACCUACAAAGGCAGCUUAGAUGAAAACAAUUAAGAAAAAAUGA